UGAGAGGAGCUGAGAGGAGGAAGAGCAGCGCAGGAAGAGUUGCUGGGAGUGGAGUUGGUGGUUAUUUACAGUCAGAGAUCAUCAGCGCUUCUCUCAUGAUCCUCAGAUCUGCUCCCUGAACUCUCUCUACAGACUGACCUCAGUUCAGCUACUGCAGCAGCAGCAGCAUGGAGCACAGGAAGACUGUGAUAGUCACAGGUUUUGAGCCUUUCGGAGAGCAUGCUGUAAACGCCAGCUGGGUGGCUGUGCAGGAGCUGGAGAAAUUGGGCUUGGGGCAGAAUGUUGACCUGCAUGUCACUGAGGUUCCUGUGGAGUACCAGGCAGUCCAGAACCUUCUGCCAUCACUGUGGAAACAGUACCACCCACAGUUAGUGGUCCAUGUUGGAGUUUCUGGGAUGGCUACCACAGUAACCCUGGAAAAAUGUGGGCACAACCAUGGUUACAAGCGCCUUGACAACUGCAACUUCUAUCCCGAGACGGAGUGCUGUAUGGAUGGGGGACCGGACUGCAUCCACUCCCUUAUAGACAUGGACGCUGUCUGCAAGAGGGUCAACUCCUCAGACCUGGGAGUCACUGUGUCCGUCUCGAAGGACGCCGGCAGAUACCUGUGCGACUACACCUACUACACAUCUCUGUACCUGGGCAAGGGAAGGUCGGCCUUCGUGCAUGUGCCGCCUCUGGGGAAGCCAUACAGCGCCGUGGACCUGGCGCGGGCCCUCAGGGCUGUGGUGCUGGAAAUGCUGGAACUGAUGGAACACAACACAGAGAAACAGCUGUGCUCGCAUGGCCACUGAGACAACAGGGGAGUGUCCCAAACAGCCCCCUCGCUGACUAUGUAGUGUGUAUGUACACACAGACAGGAAGUUAGCUGUCAGCUGUGUUGGAUGAUGUCAAUAUUGAGCACACUACAUAGGCAGCGCUGGGCUGCUUGGGCAUGCACCUGCAUCCUUACACCUAGCAUUGCUGGGGCCAAAUAGGAACGGACGGCACUUUAGGGGGUAUAGUCAAAAGAUGCUGAGACUGAGUCGUGGUGCUAUGUAUAAAACAAACUAUUUUUGAAUUGGCGUGAAUGAAAACAGAGGAAGUAAAGGCUAUGUAUAUAAUAUUCACACCUCGGCAGCUUUUUAAUAUACCCCGGUCACACUAUGAACAGAAGGCAGUUGAGUUGUUUUGCAUAUAUCAUUGCUGUCACAUCAAAACCCUUGUAUUUCCAUUGUGUUUAUUCUAUUUUAAAAUCAGUAUUUUUCAGUCUAUAAGGUGCACCGGAUUAUAAGGCGCACUAUCAAUGAACGUCUUCUAGUCUUUUUUCUAGUCUUGGCAGCUCUAGCUCUAGCCACAGUUAGCAAGCGCUUAGCCAGUCUCAGUUAGCAGCACUAGCCAGCCCCGUUUAGCAACAAUAGCCAGACAUGGUUAGCACUAGUAAAUGCUGCCCAAUAGUGGUAAACUGAGAAACCCUGAGUGUUCCGGUAACCCAGGGCACACUCAGCUAUCGGUUCAUCCCACAUACCUUGUUUUAACACAGUAAACUACAGUCGAAUAUACUUACCCCUGAACAGCGAAAGAGCUAGUGCUGCAGUUAGCAGUUAAUGCUAAUACUGCUCCAGCCCCAGUGCUGGAGAAACUUUACUGAAACUCCUGUUUAAUGCUGCACUUUAGUUAAUACCUGACUGGUAAAAUUCAUACAUAAGGAGCACCGGAUUAUAAGCACUGAAUAUUUGUGGGAAAAUUAAAGAAUUUUUACUGCGCCUUAUAGUUUUAUAAUAAAUAAAUAAGCUAAAUUCAACAAAUAUGUAGAAAUCGAUCUACAACAAUUAUAUGAUCUUAAUUAGAUAUUUUAAAAACACUUAACAACUAUUGCACAGCUAUGAAACAGAAUUCAACAAUGCAAUUAAUUGACUUAUAGCUAGUAGUAGUAAUUAUAUGGUCCGCAUCCGAGUGAAUCACUGUAUUCACACUUGCCCAAUUGAACCAUAGUCCCAUUUAGGAAGACAAAAAGUGUGAGUGUAAAAAAAAAAAAAAAAAAGAAAAGGCCCUUAAAAUUAAGUGUGCCACCUGUAUGUUACAUUAGCACACUACAGCACUUUGAAUUAAACAUGAGCCUGGACUAUCCUCCCAGUUAGAUCAUUAUAUUCAGGGGUCAGGCUUUUAAUGUAAAUUUAUCAUUUUGGAGAUACAAGAUUUGAUGUGACGGUGACAAUAAAAGUAUUACACAUUUUAUUUUCAGUUAAAAUGAGAAGCUGGAGUGUUCAGCUUUAGCACAGACACUCAUGUUAAUACUGAAAGUGAAAGCACGUGUUGUAUUUGGUGGGAAUGAGUAACAAGUGGGUUGUGCACUAAAAGAGUGGGCUAAACAAGUGGGGGUAAGGAUAGAAAUGUCAGCCUGUACAGUGCCUAUGGCAAUGAAAUAUUAGCUAGCUCUUAAAAGUUAUUAGAUGUUCUAGGGAUGCACCGAAGUAAAAUGUUUGUGCCUAAACCGAAAAAAAAAGACAUUUUUAAGUUUGCUGCUUUUUACAAGUAAAAAUAUUAAGUAGACUUGCUUUUCAAAGACACACUAAAGAUUUUAAAUAUCCCAGCAGACAAACCAACCAAGAACUACACUUUACCUCAGUAGUGCUAUUCUGGCCAUACAUUUAUUUCAGCAGUGCUGUUCUAGCAAGUCAUAAACUUAAAUUAACAUAAAUUUCUAACUAAGUAAUUAUCUUAAUAUAUAAUUAUAUAAUAUAUAAUUAUAUUUUUAUAUAUUAUCCCUGUAGUUUGCUCACUCUCUACACAUCAGCUUUGCUUUAAAAAAUCCUAACAUUAGAGUAAACACUGCCGUUUUACUUCAGUGUACCUUCAGUAAAUUAUUCUGUUUUUAUUUUUUUGUCUGAACACCUAAAGUGCUUUUUAUUUGCCAUUUUUGGCUGAAUUCUUUCGGUUGCCAAAUAUUCUGUGCAUCCCUAGUAGUAUCUUUUUUUUAUUAUUAUUAAUGAUGUAUUUGUAAUACAUGAUCAUGGUCAAAGCACACUGCUUUGAAAAUCCUGUUGCCUUCUGCUUUUAUCAAGGGUCUUCUGCCAACGUUGUACACAGCUAACUCUUCAGGGCUACUACAGCUAACUGUCAGCCAGCUUUCCUGUGAUAAAUGAAACUGUGAAAUCAGGGUUGACCUUUAUAACCUGUUGUUUGUCAUCUCUCAGUGACCUUUUUCCACACAAUGAUGUCAGAGUUCACAUUCUCAAGCAUAUAUAUCACUGCUGUCUUAAUAAAUAAGCAUCUCCAAAUUAAUGUAUAUAAUGCUCUUAAUAUUUAAAUAGGAAAAAAUAUAAAUUCAGAAUUUCUGCAUAAUUCAGUUCAAUGAUUAAGAUAUACACAGUCAUUCGGAGUGAUAUGAUGUUAAAGAGAGACUUAUUAUGACUUUGCAAUAGUAAGUACAGUGUGAUUUGAAUUCCAGUGGUUUUGAUUUAACACAGCAUUUAUCAAAAUCAAAACGCAAAUCACACAAAUGUGUAUGUUGUAUAAAAUUGGAUAAUUCCAUUCAAAACUGAAAUAUAAUAUAAUAUGCUGAAAAUAAUAUAUAAUAUAAUAUAUUUGUUGGUUAGUAGAUAUGGUGCAAUCACGUUUAACACCUAUAAAAUUCAACACAUUCUUCAAUAACAUAUCAGGGUUAUGCAGUGUUUGUGUUGCUGAAUAAUAAGCUAAUUAAAAUAUUAAUGUAUUAAGGUAUUAGCAUGUUUGUGUUUAUUAACUCACACAACCACUGUGAAGAGUUCUGACCUGGGAAUCAAGCAUUUGACACUCUGAAUGUCUUUUGGUAUAUAUCUUAAUUAUUUAAUUAUGCAGAAUAUAUUACCCUUAACUUUAAUGUGAGCAAUUCCUAUCUCUAUUUCUAUUUCAGUUUAUUGAACCGUUUUAUAUGACCGCAAUGAUAUUAGUAAACUUAUGGGCCUGAAUUGUGCCUAUAUAAGUUAUAGAAAUAUUAUAGCUUUAGGAAAGUUUUAGUUUCAGGAAAUCCUGGAAGUGGAAGAAUUUACUUUUAUUUACUUAAUUUUCAGUCUAUUUUUUUUUAAAGGAGCAUUUUUGUUUAUUUGUUUGUCUGUUUAUUAAAGAAACACUGGACCAAUCUGGAACUGUGAAGCUGGUUGCUCCAGUUUAUGAUGUCUACCUACCAACAGUCUUUCUCAUCAUGUCACGUUUAACCUGUGGAGUGGUUUGUUAUUUUCAGCUGUGAGAAAAAAAAAAUGCUUGUGAACGCUUUAUUGGAAUUAAAUGGAUUUUCUGCAGGAAAAAAUGUGAUUUGAUCUACGUCAUGAUAAAUAAAGACACUGUUAUUUAACAAAUGA